AUGAAUUCGACGAUUAGGAAUCCUGUUCUUCCGGUUUCCGAUCCUCCUCUUGCCGGUGAGAAUGAUAGCGACGGUAAAGGUGUCGAUGAUCGGCUUUUUAAAGGAUCCGCCAUGACCAAACGUGGCGCUUACGCUGCUAUUUCUUACAUGGCAUGUGCUGUUAUGCUUGUGCUAUUCAAUAAAGCAGCUCUCUCGUCCUAUGAUUUCCCUUGCGUAAACGUCAUCACCUUACUUCAGAUGGUUUCCUCCAGCUUGUUUCUAUAUGCGUUGAGACGCAAGAAGAUCAUAUCUUUCACAGCGGCUGAUUCUUUUUCCAGUUCUGAUAAUGCCUCAAGUUUUGUGCCGUUGAAGACAUUGUUUCACACCCUUCCUUUAUCAAUAGCCUAUCUUAUGUACAUGCUAGCCUCUAUGGCAUCUGUCAGAGGGGUAAAUGUUCCCAUGUAUACCACACUUAGGCGUACUACAGUGGCAUUUACUAUGGUGACUGAGUACAUGCUCACAGGUCAGAGAUAUACGCGGUCUAUCAUUGGAAGUGUCGGCAUUAUCGUGUUUGGCGCAUUUUUUGCUGGAGCUAGGGACUUGUCAUUUGACUUUUAUGGAUAUGCUGUUGUAUUCUUAGCCAACAUAUCAACCGCAGUAUAUUUAGCAACCAUUGCCCGGACUGGGAAAUCAAGUGGCUUGAAUAGCUUUGGCCUUAUGUGGUGCAAUGGAAUUAUAUGCGGACCUAUAUUGAUGAUUUGGACAUUUGUUUGCGGUGACUUGGAGAAGACGAUUAACUUUCCUUACCUCUUAUAUCCUGGUUUCAUGGCUGUGUUACUCUGCUCGUGCGUGUUAGCUUUCUUCUUAAACUACAGCAUUUUUCUUAACACCACUCUCAACUCGGCUCUCACGCAGACAAUUUGUGGCAAUAUGAAGGAUCUUUUCACGGUUGGAUUAGGCUGGAAGCUCUUCGGUGGACUCCCAUUCGACCUGAUGAAUGUCAUUGGACAGCUUCUUGGUUUCUUCGGCUCUGGUUUAUAUGCAUACUAUAAGAUCAUCGGGAGGUAA